AUGGGGGUCACCUUCCUCCAGGCCAACCUCAACCACUCCGCUAGGGCGCAGGACCUCCUCCUGCAAUCCAUGGCGGAGUGGGAUCUGGAUGUCGCGGUGGUCGCGGAGCCGUACGCGGUUCCCUCCCUGCCCCACUGGGCGGGGGAUCUGGAUGGCCUCGUGGCCAUCGUGGCUAGGCCUGGUGCCGCCCCUCCCCUCGCGAUUAAGAAGAGAGGGAACGGCUUUGUGGUGGCGGUUCGGGGAGAGUACGCCAUAAUUGGUGUUUACUUCUCCCCGAACCGGGAUUUGCCGGCCCUGGAGCGGUUCUUGGAUGCUCUGGGGCCGGAGAUAAGGCGGUUAGCGCCCCUAAAGGUCUUCGUGGCCGGUGACUUCAACGCCAAAUCAACGGCGUGGGGGAACCCGGCCACGGAGCCCAAGGGGCGAAAGGUGGAAGAGUGGGCGCUGGCCGCGGGGCUGUCUCUCCUAAACAGGGGGACAGCCCACACGUGCGUGCGACGGACGGGCGGAUCGGUGGUGGACCUGACGUUCGCCACCCCCUCCGCCGCGCGCUCCGUGUCGGACUGGAGGGUGGAAGGGGGGGUGGAGACACUCUCGGACCACUUGUAUAUUCGGUUCGAGGUGUCGGCCGCCCCCCAAUGUCAGGCGGCAUCAUCGUCCCGGGUGCGCAGCCGGUUCCCGCGUUGGGCCCUUACGCGGCUUGACCGGGAGCUGGCGGAAGAGGCGGCCAUCGUCGGCCGCUGGAGCCUCCCGCCUCUAGACGGAAUGGGGGUGGACGACGCGGCUGACCGUCUCGGCGACGCUUUCACAGCGGUGUGCCGGGCGGCCAUGCCAAGCGUAGGUCGAGCCCCCCCUAGGCGGGCGGUCUAUUGGUGGUCGGCGGAGAUUGCCGCCCUUCGCGUCGCCUGCAACGCGGCCCGAAGGGCCUAUAGUCGAAGCAGGCGGCGCAGUCCCCGGGACGAGGAGAGGGAUGGUCAGCUGUAUGCGGUG